GGGCGGCUGCGGGUGUUCUUGUUGUUCUCGGCGGGCGCCGUGGUAGCCAUGAACGGCGCGGCAAACCCGCUGCUGGACAAGGACGAGCAUCCGCUGCAGCUGGGCGAAAGCUUCGAGCGGCACCCCAAAGCCUCCUUCCACACCAUUCGCUAUGAUUUUAAACCAGCAUCUAUAGAUACAUCUUGUGAGGGGGAGCUUCAAGUUGGUAAAGGAGAUGAAGUCACAAUUACAUUACCACAUAUUCCUGGUUCUACACCUCCAAUGACUGUAUUCAAAGGAAACAAAAGGCCUUACCAAAAAGACUGUGUGCUUAUUAUCAACCAUGAUACUGGGGAAUAUGUGCUUGAAAAGCUAAGCAGCAGCAUUCAAGUUAAAAAGACAAGAGCUGAAGGCAGCAGUAAAAUCCAAGCCCGGAUAGAACAGCAGUCUGCUCGGGCUGCACAAUCUUCUUCCACCCAGUUCAGAACUCCAACAAAGCCUGCAGCUGGACCUAAAACUUCCCCACUGAAAGACAAUCCUUCCCCAGAGCCUCAACUGGAUGAUAUUAAGAGAGAGCUAAGGGCUGAGGUUGAGAUUAUUGAGCAGAUGAGUAGCAGUAGCGGCAGCAGUUCAUCUGAUUCCGAGAGUUCCUCUGGGAGUGAUGAUGAAACCUCCAGCAGUGAUGGUGGGGAAGCUGCACAUCCCUCCCCUUCUCAGCAGUGUAACAACAGGAACGUGGUUGCCAAUGGUACUGGCAGGGCACAAGGCAACAAUCAGCUCAUGAAUACUCUCAGAAAUGACUUGCAGUUGAGUGAAUCUGGGAGUGACAGCGAUGAUUAAAAUAGGCUUUCUGCAUUGGUUUCCUGUUGCAAAUAUGUAAAGAUGCAGAUUUAAUGAGGAGUAAAGCAAAAGUAGAAGCUGACUUACUGGAACCUGGCUAUAUAAAUAGAAUUGUUAACAUUAUGUGACCUGAAGGGGGACAACAAAUGUUCCUGGAGCAAAGCUAUCCUUUGUUUAUUCUACGUAUAAAUUAUGUCUGUCAUAGUACAUUCUUUUAAUUUUUUCAGUAGGUGUGAAAAUGUUAAUCUGAAACAGAGAUCUAUUUUCUAACAUCUGACAUACCAAAACCCAGUGUUUCUCAACCUUGGCUGCUUUUAGAUGCGUGGACUUCAACUCCCAGAAUUCUCCAGCCAGCCAGUCUGGGGAAUUCUGGGACUUGGAGUCCACCCAUCUGAAAGCUGCCAAGGUUGAGAAACACUGCCAUAACCUGUAAAAGAUGAUAAUCUUGAUGUCCUUUAAUAUGAUUCUUGCUUUUAAAAAAGUUCUAGUCCCUUGAAAAUUUAAAGCAAAAGUUUAUCUAAGGUAGACGUUGACCACUUUUACCAUUUAAAAAGAAACAGAAUUUGACAUUCAAUGAGGCAUCAGAAUAAGAAUGAUUGCACCUAGAUUUCUUAAGCUUAAGGCAGAAUUAAGAUCGACGCACACCUGGAUAUUUGUGGUGAAUAAAAAUUGCCUUGUGGCAAGGACAGUUUUGUCAUCUAGAAGAAAACUAUCUCACCCCUAUUUUUUUUUUUCAGGCUCUCCUGAAAAUAUUUUACACUAUAAAACACUAGGCAGAGGUAUUUACAGUCAGGACCAGAAAUAUUGGAACAAGGAUAACUGUUUUGGCAUUUGGCCUCUGUACACCACCACAUUGAAGUUGAAAGGAAACACACCCAGAUGGGAGUGAAGUCAGGACUUUCACCUGUCAUUCAAGGGGUUUGACAAAGUGGGGCAUUCAGCCAGUGGCAUACACACACACCCAUCGUUGGUGGCUCAUAAGUAAUGGAACAAACCAACAUCAUUACAAUCCUAAGGAUCGCCUUUAAUACCUGGAUAAAAAUCCUUUGCAGUCAAUGACUGCCUGAAGUCUGGAACCCAUGGACAUGACCAAAUGCUGAGUUUCCUCCCUCGAGAUGCUUUGCCAGGCCUUUACUG